AUGGUGCAACCUCGCAUCGUGCAUCCUAAUGUUCAGCUCAUUGAUGUUACAGCUCGCUUCAUCAAGUCCGCCCAGAACAUCCCAACAGGCCAGCUCGUGAAGGAUGAAGGCUUUACGUUGUUCGAGGCCGUCGGCGCCCUUGAGAUCGGUGACCCCAAGAUGGACAGCGGCGCGCUCGCGGAAGGCGAGGAUCUCGAAGACGAUUUCGACGCCACCAGACCUAUCACUUCGAGCGAACUGAUGUGGAUCAUCGACCAGCUACUCUGCAGAGAGGUCUCGUGGCAUCAAGGAUAUCCGUUAUCGCAGACUCUGUUCACUUCGGUCCAUCUUGACAGAAUCUUGUGGCCAGAUCCAAAGCAGAUUGAGGAAGCGCACUUCAUUCGCUCUCCUUACUCAGGCUUUGCCCCGAGUCCGCAGCACGAAUUACUACGCGCAUAUUGUCUCGGACUCGUCAAGUGCUGUGAUCUCGUUCUGUCGAUGGUUACCGGCCAGCACUAUUAUGAGGAAGAAGACUUUGCAACACAGGUCUUCAAUCGAGAAAUGCUACGACGCUUCACCAUCGAAGAUGUCCUUGCAUUAAUGAAGCUCGCGAGGACGGAUCUUGGAGAUAGCCCAGAGCAGCUCCAACACCACGAGGCACUGCUGUCAAGGCUCACUUUCCGCAUCGAGUUUCUCGAGCUUUUGAGCGAAGCCAGCGAUGGGCGUCUGACGCCUGGAAGAGCUAGCGGGCUUCUAGAUGUGCUCAGCUCCAUACAGAGAUCCACCUCUGCAGGAUCGCCACUUAUUGACGCCUUCAGCAUAAAGAUCCAACGUCGACUUGCCAGCAGUGUCCCUCCCCGGCCUAUGGUGGCCUGUGAGGAGAAGGAUACGUUCUCGUUCUUGAAUCGUCUCUUGAGGGACAUAUCCGCCGCCUUCGAAAUCUUAGAUGUGAGCGGAGCAGCCGACCUUCACACUGCUUUCUGGACUCUGAUGUCUCAAGAGUCGACGCCGUGUAUCUAUGUCCGGUCACUUGCUCAGUCUUUCCUCAAUUUGUCCGACAGAGUGAUUGGGAAGUCCUUCCUCGUCGAGUUCGUGGCCGAUGAUAUGAGGGCACUUGUCCUGCCAGCCAGUGCGCUACUGGACUCGCGGGUCGAAAACCCAGCCAACCCCGGUUUCCAGAUUGGAGUACAGAUGAACCAGUUUAUUGACAAGGUUGCGCCUUCGUUCCAGAACCAGUUCCGAUCCUUUGCUCUCAACCGCUCUCGUGUACGGCGCAACCUCUGUCACGCUGCUAUCGAGUGGGAUAACAUCCAGGCCGAGGCGGAAGAAAUCGAUGGCUAUUUGCAAACACUGACGAGGGAGAAGCCCCUGCCUUACGGCCAGAAUGAGGAGCUGGCAUUUGCUUAUUCCCUUAGCAGCUGGGUUUAUCACCACAAGCUGCAGCAACUGCGGUUCGUGAUCCAGUUGGGAUUUGAGCUUGAAGUGUAUGCGCCCGGCGAGUUUGUGGACAUGUACUGGUACCUUGGACAUAUCUCUGGUCUCCAUCUUUCUCACCUGGAAAGAAUCAGCUACUUCAUAGCUCAGGCCAGACCGCUGCCGCACUGGACUGUUGAAGCUCAUCGACAAGAGUCGCAGAAGGCACUAGGACUCCUCUACCGACACUUCUCGUGGCUAAAAGCGACAGAUACCUUAGCCAGUGCGUUGCAGAGAGUCUUCGUUGUCCUCCGGCGGCACGGACAUUUUACCUCGAUCGGUCCGACUUAUUCUUCGGACGAGCUCAGAUAUGAGCUCCGCAUGCGUCCUUUCCAGCACUUAUCGAUCCCAGAGCCAAUUUCGCAUGAGGAGAUGAAGCAAAUCUCAAGCUUAGAAGGUCUGUCCGACCGCGAGGUUCUUGAUCAGGCUAUGCAGCUAGCUUUGACCUCGCGCAAAGCCUGGGACCAAGUCCUGAAGGAUCGAUGGCAUGUCCAGCCCCUGCGCUCUGAUGCCAAAGAAGAGUCGGUGACCAACAGAGAAUGGACAAAGAAUGUGAAAAACAGUAUGAAAGCUUGUAUCGGCACCAGCAUCAGCAUCACAACGCUGGCGAAGGCCCUUGAGGAGGAAGAGAAGUCAACGAAUCGGACAGCGGGAUUGACGAGUACGAUUGCAGCUCUGAAAGUCACAAUUGCUGGUUCUGAGGAGGUGGAAAGAUUUCAUCGUUGGUGGGCCGUUCCUUCGAUUGUGAAGGGGCAAAAGUGA